UAUCCUCGAGACAUUCAACAGAUGCCUAAACCCACCGACCUGCUCUCGGGCAGACAAACGGCGAGAUCAUAGUCGUCCCGACCACCAUAAAGGGGCAUUGUUCCACCCGUCUGAGCUUGAUCGCCAUGUUUUUUACGUUCAGGUUUUGUCUGCAACAGGCGGGAGUUUCUAGAUUAGGUUGACCAGCUGUUUCCUAGGUUACCUCAGCCGCUCCCCAAGCAUCAACCACUUGGCGAGCAAGGCCGCUUCUCCGAUCCUCCCGCGCAAACAACGCCUGUCAGGGCAACACUGCUCCCAAGGCAACGCAUCUUUCCAAGAGACGCCAAAUCUCAAACAACACACCCCAGCAAGGAACACUUCUCAAGUUAAGAUGGACUCCUCAACGCACACCAACCUUGGUCAAUACUCUCCCAAUGCUGGUCGGCAUUAUUCUCUCGCUAUAUCUGGUGCCGGCGGCAGUCCCGGUGGCCUGGUCGGAAAAAACAGGCUCGUAAGCCAAGAGGUGGGGUCCUGCGGCCCUUUCUUCCCUGGCAUCUACUACCCGGACGCCGGGGACAACCCUCGAGCCCCCCAUUCGGUCCAGCCUCCUGUAUACGGGGCCCAGUUUCACGGGUCAGCUGGCUUCGGCUUUUAUUCCGCCGCUCUCCCCGCUCAAGCAUUCAUCUUCAUGCCGGGCUCGCCAGCUACAUAUCCCGCUCCGAUUCCAUAUCAUGCUCCGUGCGACUGGGCUCCUCCUGGGCCGCCAAGUCGCUUCCCGUCGUACAGCUCUCCGAAUUUUCGGCAUGCUCAGCCUCCACCGCAAGCUGGUCCUAAGCUCAGGGAUAUUUGCUCACCCUCGACUGCUUCCGCGGCUGUUCUGCCAGCUGCUUCCGCUUUCCCCGUUUUUCCAACUCAAGUUCCUCAGACUCCGUCUGCCCAGGCUAUAGCUGCUUCGGCUCUCUGCAUUUCCCAAGCUACACCACCAAAUCCUCGCCCGCCUGCUUCGGCUUUGUAUGUCCCCCAGACUCCAGCUGCCCCUCCGGCUAUUCUCUCAGCCGUUGCACCCGCUACUGCUUCCCGCACUCCCCCGGCUCCAGAUCGGUCGGCCAGGGCCAGGAGAUGGCAAAAGACUAGUCUCGAACUCCAGACCGCGGCGCUAGAAGACAGUCUAGUAGAGGAGAGGGCUGGUCUGAUUGCCAGCGAGAAGUGUCUGGUCGAGGAGAGGCAUGCCCUCAUGGAGAAGGACAUUGUCGAAUCCGCCGAAGAUCCCUCAAAGGUGAAGAACACAUGCCGAUUCAUAAACGGGGUAGAGUGCACUUGCCCCCCUGGGGUUCCGUUCCCAAUGCCUGCGUGGCUGUGAGGUCUUUGUAUUGGCGUUUACAGGCCGACUGGCGAUGCCUCUUGGUCGGGAACUUGCCCACCUGCCCCCUCUUUCUCGAGUCUAUGCUUAUGCUUUCCUUUCUACUUUAUCUACGUCUUAGAAAGGCCGUCGGUAAGUCGUGCUGCCGCGACUUGUUUGUGUUGGCUAGAUCCAUGACAACCUGUGAUCUGAAAUUUUUAAUUUUUCUUCUCCAUUUCUAGCUCUCCGGUUUGGAAUGGUGCUCUCCAAAAGUGCUCCCACUAUCACUAUCAUGACGCCUUUCCCUCCCAAUCUUGUUUCGCGAAAACUAUUACGCUGAUGAAAUCUUCUCUUGUUACUCUCUAUUUGAUCUCCGGGUCGGAAGUGUGCGUUUCUUCUCUUUACUCUGUCCUUUUUUUUCUUCUUUUCUAAAG